AUGGAUCCAGAAGAACAGGCCGCCGUCAAUUUCUACCGAGCACGGCUCGAGGAUCAGCUCAGGUCCCUCCGAGACUCACUAGAUCAAUGGCGGAACUACAAAAAGGAGUACGCUGCCUUACAGGAAAAGAUCUCAGAUCUCCCAAAGAAGACAACCAGAGAUAUCCGCGUCCCCUUCGGCAAAUUCGCCUCCAUCCCCGGCACUCUAAUCCACACCAACGAAAUCACCGUCCUCCUCGGCGAAAACUGGUUCGUCGAGCGAUCCGCACAUGAGGCUGCUGAGAUUAUCGGGAGACGGAUAGAGUAUGUCGAGGAGACUGUGAAGAAGGUGGAAGGGGAGAUGGAGGGGGUGAGGGAGAGGUUGGGGGCGUUUCAGGAGUUGGAGAGGCAGACAGUGGGAGACGUUAAUGAGGUGGGUGAGCCCAUUGUCGAGAUUACGGAAGAGUUGGAUGACGAGGGGAAUGUCGUUAAGGCAAGCACGAGUGGCAAAGGCAGGGGUGAAGUCGGGAAGCUGCUUGACCUGACAGGUGGAGAGAAUGAUAAGGCUCAGAGCUAUGAAGAUCUGGAUGAGUUGAUGGCGGAGUUGGAGAGGGAGGAGGAGGAAGAGGAAACUCUUCGACAAAACACCGCCACAAACGGUGCUAUCACCCUGGAAAGAGAAGAGACGAAGUCAAAACCUGAUCCUGUGCCAAAGGCAGCAGUCAUGACAACCCACGCCACAUUAUCGAAAACCACCACGCCUGUUUCGCCAAUACAAAGCAAAGAGGCCUCUUCCGUUAGCAUGGACUCCCCCUCCGUUUCCCACUCCGAAGACGCAACUGGUGACUCCGAUGACGACGAUGGUGGUGAUUGGGAUGUGUCCCGUCCAUCUGACUUACAGCAGAUGAAUGACCUCAUGUCUCAAAUAUACGGCGACGACGAACAAGAAUGGGAUGAGGAUGCUGAAGAGAGGAGCUCGGACGAUGAUCUGGAGGAGGACGAGUAUGGUCGUGUAAGAGGUCUGAUGCGCAACAUUAUCCCACCUGGUCAACCGGGUGCGCUGGGUGUUGUGCAUACGGGAAGGAUCGAGAGGAUUGGGGCUAUUCUGCCGGAUCCGGAGGCACGAGUGGGUGUGGUUGAGGAACCCAUGGCUGCUGUGGAGAAUGACGCGAAGAAGGAGACGGAGAACGAGAGUAAGGAGAAGAAGAAGGUCAAGUUCGCGAAAAAGCUGGAUAUCCAGACGAAGAAGAGCCCGAAGCAGAAACCGACGCAUACGGAGAAGGAGCCGGCGAAGGGUGUACUCAAAAAAUCCAGCCCACCCCCUGAAGUGGUCAAAACUGUUGCGGACACGGUUGUUGAGCGUGCCCCUCCAACGAUGGCAGAGAGUGUGGUGGAAAGGAUGCUGACUGAGCCGAAAGCGCCGGAGGUGGGGAGGAUAAAGGUUUCGAGGUUUAAGAAGGAGAGAUCUGCCGGCCCGCCGGCGGUCAUGGAAACGGUAGUUGAAUCGCCGCAGUCGGCGCCAUCUCAGCCAAAGAUUCAACUACUACCACCCACCACCCCACAACCCAAGGCCGUUGCUAACGAGGUGGUCGAAUGCCCAAUCAUGUCGCAAGUAACCGAACGUACCCCACCCCCACCAGCCGCCGCCCCAACCGCCCCGGCCGCCCCCUCCGCCGUCAAACAACGUAUCGCCGCUGCCAAGGUUCAAAAAGCACUCGAAACAACCGCAGCCUGGAACGGGUCCCACAAAAGCGAACACAAGAAGGCACAGGAAGCCGCUGAUGCUGAAGCUAAGGAGAAGGCGACAGCGGAGAAAGAGGUGGCGAAGAAGCAGAAGGAGGAUGAGGCGUGGGAGGUUGUUGCGAAGCCGAAGAAGGUCUCGAAGUUCAAGCAGCAGCAGUUGAAGGAGCAGGAGGAGAAGGAGGGGGAGGAGAAGACUGGGUCUAACGGAACUGAGGUCGAGGUAACGAACGGGCAUGGGGCUACCGAUGGGGAUGUUGCUGACUCUACUGAAUCGACGCCUAUGACCAACGGAGAUUCCAAUGGAGAAGCCACCGAAGAAGACCCAAAAUUGAAAGAUGAUGACAAACCCUCCAACCCGGUUAAAGGCGCUGUCAUGGAACGCGAACCCCCACCCCCAGAACCGCUCGACUCAGACGAAGACCUAUCCCUCGAACCCACGAUCCACUAUAAAGAGAUCGCGGCACAAUACCACAAACUCCGUGAACGCAGAAUUCAACGCGAAGGAGGGUACGUCAAGCCUGAAGAAGACGAUGCCGUGACGCAUUGGGAUCUGGAAGAGGAGGCGGAGAGUGCGGUUGAGUAUGAUGGGACGCCGAAGAAGAAGGUUAGUAGGUUUAAGGCGGCGAGGAUGGGGAGAAAGGUAGACUUGGAGAAGCUGGAGGGGGAGAUUGAGUUUAAGUAG